AUGCGAACCGUGCGACAGCCGUAUGGAAAUGUUCAACAUUUGAAAAAGCUCGCAUCGGCAUGCGGCCCGUCCGAAUUAUACACGACACCACUACAACCAUUGCGAAUCAUCAACAUACUGCCGUGCGACUCCCAUAAGACCUGUACGAAUCGCCAACAUACUGCCGUGCGAUUCCCGUACGCCCUGUACGAUUUGACUCAUAAAAAUGUUUUCCCGGGCUUUCAUCCAAAUGAUUGCCCGCGAAAUUUGGACAUCACGUCUGCUAGGAAAAGGCGCUGUAAUAACGCUGAGUACCAGGACAAAUUUAAACACUACAGAGAAGGACACGUCUGCCAAAUUAAACACCACUGGUUGUGGAAGAUGCACUUCGCCUUCGACCGGAUUCGGAUCUUGGCGGGUUUUAACGGAACCCUUCUCAGACUCGACGACGACUAUUACCUCGCUGAUGACGUCAUUCACUUCAUCCGGAAGUUAGAUCUGUACAGAAAAAAGUCCUACUCGGACUGCAGGAUGUAUAUCUUGGGAGACCACGAACACUUCUCCGAGGCCCCGUUUCGAACAGCAGCCAAUGGAGUUCUAAAGGCUUCCUACUACGUGGGGAUCGGAAGGGGUAUGGCGUUCACGAGGGAAUUCUGGGAGGCGUUUAAAAAGUGUUCCAAGUCUUUCUGCACCCACGACGAGUACAACUGGGAUUUCGCUCUGCACCGCAUCGCGGCCACCUGCAUGCGUGGAGGUCUGAGGGUCAUGAAACCCGUGGCCAGUCGAGUCUUCCACGUCGGCACAUGUCUCGGAUUCCACAGGAAGAUCAACAACUGCAGACUGGAGACCGUGAAAAAGAACAUCCAGCAGCUGCUACACACAGUCUCGGCCAAUCUGUUUCCAGACACGAUAUCGGUGAUCCAGGCCAACCUCGCCGCGAGGCCUGCGACACAGCAGUACGGGGGUUGGGCGGAUCCGCGAGAUCACCAGCUCUGUCUGAACAUAUUCCACAACGUCAGCGACGACGAAGCCAUUCUAGCACAGAUACUCAACACUCUCAGACAUCCUGCGAACAGAAGUCGACUGUGA